UGACAGAUCGCUCACAUUAUGUUUCAGUUGUAGAUAAGAAUGUCAAUCAUGCCGAAGGGCGAAUUCUAAGCGUUUUUCGUAGACCUUGGUACAGUCAUUGUGGAUUACUUCGAACUGUUUCCUGUAUUUAAUUGAUAGAUCUAUAAUCCAGAACUCGAUUUCGCUAUCAAUUUGAGCUCAAAGCUUCAUCGAAAAUCUGUUGACACGUCGUCUUUCAAUUCAAGGACACCAUACUGACGUCGCCAUUUCGAAAUGGGUUAUUCAGAAGAUGUCUGUUUAGAUAGUGAUGGUCUCGAAGUGACCCUUGAAAAUUACGAGAAGGACGUCGAUUUCAGAAAUAUCGUUCGAAGUGAGUGUAUAACGGGUUUGGUGCUGAAAGGGCAACAAAAAGAAGCUGAAGAUAAUAAAUUGAUGGAAGAAGUAAUGCGUGACUGUGGUGAAACCAAAGCAAAAAUCUGUUUCGCAUAUAUGCUGCAUACACUACCGGUCAGUAAACUUCCAGUGUUGCCGUCGUUAAAGAAGCUUACAUUUUACAUCAGCAUACUGAACAGUGAUGCUUUAUUACGCUUUAAUGAUUGGUGUCCGAAUUUGACCGAAAUUCACUUCAAAAGAGGUGUUGGCAUGAGCCGAGAGGCCUUCGAAACUUUUACGUCCAUCCAAUCCGCCACUUAUCCGCAAGUGAUAACAUUUGAGUUCGAUAUGAGUGAUGACUACGAUCUGACUCGGGAUUUCUUGGCUAAAAUGGAUAAGAAAUUUCCAUCGCUGAAAUGUUUUGACCUGACGCUUAGUUACGACGACGAAUUCAGUGCGUAUGAUCCGCAAUACCAAGUUUCGUACCAGCCAUUGUAUUUCAAGAAUUUAAAGAAACUAUCGGUUUCGGCUUUUGGUAAUCAGAUCGACAAGCUUUUUGAUUACAUGGCAGUGUCGAACAUAAAAUUGAAGGAGUUUAAGUUUAUGGGCAUGACUACUCCCAGUGAAAUGAUAUCUUGGAUCGGUAAUUGUAAGGCUUUAAGCAAGUUGACCCUUGCUUGUCCCCAUAUCUUAGAAGAUGGUCUAAUGGAACUGAAAGACAUGCAUUUACUGCGAGAGGUGCAUUUCGAAGCUAAACAUAUUCACUGGGAACCAGAAGAGAUCGUUGAAUUCGCACGUAACAACAAACGCUUGAAAGUGAUGAACAUUGAAAGUGAUCGGAAGAACAAUUCGAUGAAAUUUGAUUGGAAAUUCAAGGAUAAGUUUGAUGAAUUGAUGCGGGAACGGAGAAAGUUAAAGAUAAAGGUGGUAUUCCAUGAAGGCGAACGGAAAAUCAAUGUGUCCGAAACGAGUUUCAGCGAAACACAACUAUAUGACACACCAGAUUCCGACGAUAAUGAAAGUGAUUCAUAUCGAUUAUGAAGAACGCUAUAUCGAGGAUGCUAUCUUAAGUGCGAAUUGUGUACCUUAUUUUAAGACAAAAACCAAAAAGUUUACCGUUUUUGUAAUAUGUUUUCUAUA